AGCUGGUGCUGUGGGGCCGCGGAGCAGCGCGUCGCCGUCUCUAUGGCCAGGGAUCCGAGCGCGAAGAAAACAGACCUCAGAGAACCAGGACUAGUCCUUCUGUCGGGGCAGGGUGACCCCAUCAGUGACCUACAACCCCUGUAUGACCCUACAACUCCCUCCCACCAUGGAGUUUGUAUUUGAUGCAGAAAGGCAAUGUGUGAUCCAUCCCUCCCUCUGACCUCUAACCUGGGAUUCCAUGGCCACACAACCCUGUGAUUCCAUGUCCCCUCGAUUCCAGGACCCUCCCUGGCCCCAUGACCCCUGACCUUCCAAGUGACCUCUCUGGACCUUGACCCCCGUGACUGUUCUUCCCAUCAUCCCCUGUGACUCUGGCCCUGGCUCCCCUUGGGGGGUCUUACUGGUCUGGGCCUCCCAAGGAAAAUGUGGGGGAGGCUCUGGCCCCUCUUCCUGAGCUUCCUCACAGCAACUGCAGUCCCUGGACCCUCACUGCGGAGGCCAUCCAGAGAACUAGAUGCCACCCCACGGAUGACCAUCCCCUAUGAAGAGCUCUCCAGGACCCGGCACUUCAAGGGUCAAGCCCAGAACUACUCAACACUGCUACUGGAGGAAUCCUCCGCAAGACUGCUGGUUGGAGCCCGAGGUGCCCUGUACUCUCUCAAUGCCCGUGACAUAGGAGAUGGGGCUCACAAAGAGAUCCGCUGGGAGGCCUCCCCAGAGAUGCAAAGCAGAUGUCAUCAGAAGGGGAAAAACAACCAGACGGAGUGCUUCAACCACGUGCGAUUCUUUCAGCGGCUCAACACCACCCACUUCUACGCAUGUGGGACUCAUGCCUUCCAGCCCCUCUGUGCAGCCAUUGAUGCUGAGGCCUUCACCUUGCCAACAAGCUUUGAAGAGGGGAAGGAGAAGUGUCCUUACGACCCAGCCCGUGGCUUCACAGGCCUCAUCAUUGAUGGAGGCCUCUACACAGCCACACGGUAUGAAUUCCGGAGCAUCCCUGACAUCCGCCGGAGCCGCCACCCACACGCCCUGAGGACUGAGGAGGCACCGAUGCACUGGCUCAACGAUGCUGAGUUUGUCUUCUCUGUCCUGGUGCGAGAGAGCGAGGCCAGCGCAGUGGGUGAUGACGACAAGGUUUACUACUUCUUCACGGAGCGUGCCACUGACGAGGUCCCCAACAGCUUUGCUCAGAGCCGCAACAGCCACCGUGUAGCCCGUGUGGCCCGUGUGUGCAAGGGAGACCUGGGAGGAAAGAAGAUCUUGCAGAAGAAGUGGACCUCCUUCCUAAAGGCGCGUCUCAUUUGCCACAUACCCCAGUAUGAGAUGCUACGUGCUGUCUGCAGCCUGGACACUGACACCUCAGCCCGCACGCACUUUUAUGCGGCCUUCACGCUGACCACACAGUGGAAGACCCUAGAGGCCUCAGCCAUCUGCCGCUAUGACCUGGCCGAGGUGCAGGCUGUCUUCGCAGGUCCCUACAUGGAAUACCAGGAUGGUGCCCGGCGCUGGGGCCGCUAUGAGGGUGGGGUGCCGGAGCCCCGGCCUGGCUCAUGCAUCACAGAUUCAUUGCGCACCCGAGGCUACAACUCAUCCCAGGAUUUGCCAUCCCUGGUCCUGGACUUUGUGAAGUUGCACCCACUGAUGGCCCGGCCCGUGCUGCCCACACGCGGACGGCCCCUGCUGCUCAAGCGCAGUGUGCGCUACACGCACCUCACGGGGACACCUGUCACCACGCCGGCCGGGCCCACCUAUGACCUGCUCUUCCUGGGCACAGUCGAUGGCUGGAUCCACAAGGCCGUGGUGCUGGGCUCUGGGAUGCACAUUAUCGAAGAGACGCAAGUGUUCAAGGAGCCCCAGUCUGUGGAAAAUCUGGUCAUCUCUCCAAUGCAGCAUAGCCUCUAUGUGGGGGCCCCUAGUGGAGUCAUCCAGCUACCACUGUCUAGCUGCUCCCGCUACCGCUCCUGCUAUGACUGCAUCCUGGCCCGGGACCCCUACUGUGGCUGGGACCCCAGCACCCAUGCCUGCACCAUAUUCAGCAGGUCCCAGGGGAGCAGGACAGCCCUGAUACAGGACAUGGAGAGAGGCAACCGAGGCUGUGAAGGCAACAGGGACACAGGGCCACCACCACCACUGAAAACCCGCUCUGUGCUCCGAGGGGAUGAUGUCCUCCUGCCCUGUGACCAGCCAUCCAACCUGGCCCGGGCCUUGUGGUUGCUCAAUGGGAGCAUGGGCCUGAGUGAUGGGCAGCAUGGCUACCGCGUGGGCGUGGAUGGGCUGCUGGUGACAGACAUACAGCCUGAGCACAGUGGCAACUAUGGCUGUUAUGCUGAGGAGAAUGGCCUCCGCACCCUGCUGGCCUCCUACAGCCUCACAGUCCGGCCAGCCACUCCUGCCCCAGCUCCACAAGCUCCUGCCAUGCCUGGGGCACAGCUGGCCCCUGACGUGAGGCUGCUCUAUGUGCUAGCCAUCGCUGCACUUGGCGGCCUCUGCCUCAUCCUAGCUUCCUCCCUCCUCUAUGUGGCCUGUCUUCAGGGAGGCAGACGAGGCCGUCGAAGGAAAUACUCUCUGGGUCGGGCUGGCCGGGCAGGGGGCUCUGCUGUGCAGUUGCAGACUGUUUCAGGCCAGUGUCCUGGAGAGGAAGAUGAGGGUGAUGAUGGGGAGGGGCCUGGGGGACUGGAAGGUGGCUGCCUCCAGAUCAUCCCUGGGGAGGCAGCCCCAGCCCCACCGCCUCCACCACCCCCACCCCCACCAGCUGAGCUGACCAAUGGGCUGGUGGCUCUGCCCAGCCGGCUGCGCAGGAUGAACGGCAACAGCUACGUGCUCCUGAGACAGAGCAACAAUGGAGCGCCAGCAGGGCCCUGCUCAUUUGCCGAGGAGCUCAGCCGCAUCCUGGAGAAGAGGAAACACACGCAGCUCGUGGAGCACCUGGAUGAGAGCUCUGUCUGAGCCCAGCCUCCUAGGACAAAUGCUCUUCCAAGCCAGCCUGUCUGCCCCAGGCUGGGCUGCUGCUUCCCCAACACAGCCACUCUACCUUCACCGCCCCCUCAACUCCAGGCCCUUCUCCCAACUUUUUGAUGUCCCUGUAGGGCUGGCAGAGUCAAGCCCAGCCAAAGCCCCCUCCUCAGUCUCCACAGACCCAUCUGUGAGCAGCCCAGGCCAACCGGUGCUCCUCAGAGGUGGGUACUCCCUCGGGACCUGGUGUUCUGUAGACCCAGUCCCAAUUCCUAUUCCCUUAACCCAAGCACUCGGGAGGAGAGGAUGCCAUCCUCCUGCCCCAUUUGUCUGCUCAAACCCUUCCUCUUUCUCCCAGGCAGGGCUCUGCAGGUCCAGAUGACCUCAAUGUCACCACCCUCGCAUGGCCCUAUGUGCUGGACGGUCCCGAAACCAGACGAGACCUCUGCCAGCCACCAGAGCCACCUGAGCCCUGCGUACAUUCACACAUGCACAUGGAUGAAUGUCUGUCAGCUGGGCUGCAGGGCCCCCACCCCCAUCUCCUGGUGCAUUCUUGUGUUUCAUUUCUGCUGGACUUUGGGUACCCUUCCAAUUGCCACAUCCCAUCCUAUCUAGUCCUCUCCCCUAGUUCCAGCCCCAUGUGGUGACCUCUUUGGCAAGAGCUUGGGAACAGGCCAGCCUGGGGAGGUAAGACUGUAAGACUGUGUCAUUCCCCUCUUCUUCCUUAAUGUGCAGCCCUCGUGAGUCAGCCCCCCCACCCCCUUGGUCACUUUCAAGAGUGACAGACAGAGCCCCAGGCAUGUCCCUUCACGCACAUGUGCUUACAUUUCCACAUGCAUUUCUGAGCCUCCCUUUGCUGCCUCGAACCUGUGUCUGUUGGGUUUGGUCCACGGACGUUUCAGAGGGAGAGCCCUCUCCUGUUCAGCUGUCCUCUCAGACGUUUCCCUAGGACGGGUGACCAACACUGCAAUGAGCCAGCCUCCCUUUUGGGGACCAAGCAUUUGCUACCCCUAGACCAGAGCAGGGGGAGGAGAUCUGAUGUGUCUCACCUGGCACAUGAAGCCCGUUCUUGGAACUAUGCAAAGGGCAGAGGCUGGGAGUUUGGAUGCUUGGCUCCCAUCCCUGUCCUACCUCACCGGGGCACUUUCAGGGUCCAGGGGCCUCUAAGGUCUCCAGGCCCAUAUGGGACAAUCAAAUCCUGACUGAGCUCCCCCGUUCCCCUUGGGUGAGGAUGACUGUUAUUUUUGUAGCUGAGAACGUGGAAUCCCCACAGAUUUUUACUGCCCUUCACCCAAUCUCUCCCACCUCCACCCCACAAUGAAUGUAUUUAUUGUGAGAACGGCUAUACUUCUUUAGGAAUGCCCCCACUCACCACCCAGGUGGGCAGAACAGGCAUGUGACAGAGUGGGGAGCCUGGGCUCAGCUCCUCCCCCUCCUGUUGGUUAAUAAAUACCCUCUCUCCCCACA